GUUUGUUUAUUUUUGACGUACGCGGUCACGGUGGUUUCACGCCCCAUAAUCAGGACAAGCUGUAUUUUCUCUAAAUUUCUAUCCAUUUUCAUCAUUUUUUGGGGUCAAAUUUCCUCGGAUUUGUUCCAAGAAGUAAAAAAUGGCUUCAAAUUGCCGACAUGUCGUGCUGACAGGACCCCCAGGUGUAGGGAAGACAACGUUGGUUCAGAAGAUAGUUUCAAAAUUGCAAGCGAAGGUAGUAACCUGUCGGGGAUUCUAUACACAAGAAGUGCGGCAAGGAGGUAAACGUGUGGGCUUCGACAUCAUCACUCUUGACGGCAAGACUGGUGUGCUAUCCAGAGCUAAACCAGACAGUGGAGGUAACAGGCGGGAGUGUCGUGUGGGUCAGUACGUGGUAGAUGUCCCUGGUUUUGAGUCUCUCGCUCUUCCUUUAUUGAGGAUGCAGAGUACCGGACCUCACAUCUUGGUGUUGGAUGAAAUUGGUAAGAUGGAGAUGUUCAGUCAAGAAUUUGUGCGAGGAGUGCGUCAAGUUAUAUCACAGCCAGACAUGACUCUCCUCUUGACAAUCCCCAUCCCGAAGGGCAAACCAAUACCACUAGUUGAGGAAAUUCGAAGCCACCCAAAUAAUCUUGUAGUAAAUUUAACAAGAGAUAAUCGGGAUGAUUGUGACCUCCACGAGAAGAUAUUGAAAGUCCUCACAACGUCACUUCAGAAAUGAGGUUCAUCUAUGUCGUGACUUGUCUUCACUUACGACAGAUUGUUGCUGUUGUGAUAAUACCUAAAAAAUGACAGAUAAUUUGCAAUGUGGAUGUAUCUAUGAGGAAGAAUAGGAAACAUAUACAGUAAACAGAAGGAAGCCUGAUAUACUGUACUUACUGUUACCGGUAAUGGAAACACUGACUGCAUUUAGUACCGGUAUUUAAGCCAGUGAUUCAACAACAGGUGUGAUCAGAAGAAACUUUUCAGUUCAAGAAUUUGAUUAGCAUUAUUAUUUUAAUUUUUGAGACAAUAAGUUAGUGUUCAUCACCUUCCAUGUUAAAUGUAACCAUGAUCAGAUUAAGUAUUACUUGAUCAUUCAUUGAAGCUCUACUAUGGCACCAUUUCCAUAGGCCAGACAUGGGAGUUGCUAUUCCUUUGUCCAUUCACAGUUCCUAACCUAACCUAAGCCAACCCCAACCCAACCUGACCUCUCCUAACCUUAUUUAAUUCUACCCAGCCCAGUUUAACACCACCUUACCUUACCCACUAUAAUUUAACCCCACAUUAUCUUUCCAGUGUAAUAAUUUUAUGCAUUUUAUUAUUUAUUUCUAUCCAUUAGUUUUGUUUUUUAUUUACAGUACUAUAUUUUUGGACUUUUGUCAUAAUUUUUUCCCUGUGUAUAUUCAUUGAGGCAACCCAUGAUCACGUUACAGAUGAUUAUAUCCCAAUGGAAGUAACUUACUUAUCUCUUAGAAAUAUAGAGAAAUGUGUUUGUCAAUCAGAGAGAUAGAGAACCUGUCUGUCAGAGAAAGAGAUAUACCCAGCUUAUCGAUAUAUGUAAGAUAACAUUAAGAGAUUAUCUUAGUGUUUUUACGCUUGCUGAGUUUCAAUUCCUAAAAUUCUGAUAACAUCCUUUAAGACACGCUUGAUCUCUCUGGGUGGCAAUUUCUUUUGUCUUUUUUACCUGUGAUUUCCAGGUAAACAUUAAAGAUUAUGUCGUGUACAGUAUAUAAAUAAUAAACCAUGUCUUCCUUGAA